CUUUGAUUAGGUCGACACGGUUCAGAAAAGUACGAUCAAUGAAGUACUGGAAUAUUCUGGCUCGUAUGAAUGACUAUUCGAACGAUAGAACAAUCUGUUCAUUGUUCCUUGUUAUUCGUUCUUCGUUUUUGUGGUAGUGGUGGGUUGGUCUCCUCUUCGUUUGAUUCCUGUGUCAAGGAAUCCGUCAUUUUCCCAGCUCUGACACAACUGCGACUGUGUAACGCAACUAUAUACAGAUCAGAAAAAAUUGUAGCGCAGGCGUACACACGUUUACCGGAAAAUUGUGUGUCGUUUAUGUAUUAAAAUUCUCCAAAGAAGACAUGACAUCGACUGGUCUUGGUCGUGGUCGUGGAUGGGCUAAACAUGAUACAGAUUCAUUGCGGAAACCAGGAACACCCUUAGACAUAAAAUUAGCUAAUUAUACUAACCUUGUUAAUAUUAUUAAUCGUACCACGAAUGAAAAUUUGGAGCAGCAGGUCCAAGAGUUUCUAAAGCUCGUCGAUGUAAACAAUUUCAGCUAUAUAUCUCAGAAGCUUCAUGAACAUGCUAGAAAGGAUAAUGAGUUGAGGCCAAAACUUGUGAUGUUUUUGAAUAACUGUACACUGACACAGACAAAAGAUUUGGAAGAAAGAAGUUUAUCUGGACACUUUCUGAUCUGUAUGCAAAUUAAUUAUCAAAGAAGGAUAGAAAUUAGACGCAAGAAUGCUGCUCAGUUUUAUAAUGAUAUUUACUUACUUUUGGAAUACUUACCUUACAGGAACUUCCUUCUUUUUGCAUUAUUGGAUUAUAUGGAAAUGUUAUUGGAAACACCAUCCGAAGAAGAGAUUAAAAUUUUCAUGGAUCUGAUAAUUGCUCGUGGGAAAGAGGCUUAUGACACAAAGCAUAAGAAGAAAAUGAAUAAAUUAAUGGCAAUGACCAGACAAGUAUUAAUUGAUGAGGCUUUAUCGCCUGGAUCUCGUCAAAUGUUAUUGUAUACAAUAGACUUAGUUAAUUGUAAUUUUGAUCCACUUCCUAAACACUUACAAGAAUUUUAUAAACUGCGAUUAGGCAAAGAUUUUAUACCAGCUAAGAGUAGCGAUAAAACGAACAGCGAAGAUAACGGAAAGUAA